AUGAAUCUAUUAAAAAUUAUUCAUUGUACAAUUAAUCCACAGAAAUAUUCAUUUAUUCCUGUGAGAAUAUGUUUAGGAUAUAUGAGACAAAUUCGUUUACAAACAACAGAUAUUCCACCGAAAGAGAAUUCAUCAGAUGAUGUUAGUACAAAAGUAAAACCAACGAAACAAAGUAAUCUUAUGGAAUUUUUUGAUACAACUGAGAAUUUAUAUGAAUCAAAAAUUAUUCAUGGACGUUGGUGGUAUAUAGAUGAAUUACGUUUAAAAAGUAAUGAAGAUUUACAUAAAUUAUGGUAUGUUCUUUUGAAAGAACGUAAUCGUUUAUUAACUAUGGAAGAAGAAUAUCGACAUCAACAUGAAUUAUUUCCUAGUCCCGAACGUAUUGAUAAAGUUGAAGAAAGUAUGCGUAAUAUACUAAGUGUUGUACGAGAACGUGAUAUGGCUUAUAAUCUAUUGGAAACAGGUAAAACUGGUGAACAAACUCCACAAAUACGUGAAACAAGUUUUGGUCUUUUACGAUAUUAUAAACCAAAAGAACGUAUUGUACCUUUUUAUAAAAAUCGUUAUUAUCAAUUAUUGUGGGGAAAACGUAAAGCAGAAGCAUGGACAAGUAUUUUCAAACGACGUUAUAAUGAAUUUCAAGAACAUCAAGAACAUCAAGAAACAAAUCGUAUUAGAAAAAUUGUUGCUAAUGUUAUACAAAAAUAUCCACAUUUACGUAAUGAAGAAGGACGUGUUAUGGAAGAUUAUAAGCAACGUUAUGACUUCGAACAUUAUUCGAUACCUAAACGCUUAGCUCGACGACCAAAAUUACGUGCUCAUCAAACAGUAUGGAAUGA